GUUUUGAAAAGAAACAGAACAUCCUACCCCGGUCAUCUUUCCGAAGCAGCUCUCAUAAGCUAGAACAGACCGGAAUCCACUCCUCCAAAGCUCCCUGCCCAAAAGCGAAAUACUCCACCAAGAAACAUCACACCCAACCACUACAAACAAUACCGCGGCCAGUCUUCACUCUGUCAAGCCGCGCAUCACCUCCGCGAAAUCGAACGCAACGAUCGAGCGAUACGAGAACAACAUUUGAUCUGCCGAAGACGAACCUGUGCAUCCGUAAACGCCAUACAUAACAUAGACAUCGAAGCCCCUCCUUCCACAUCAAUCAUGGCGGCCUUCGUCACCAACCUCUGGGAGUCAAUCUUCACCCCAGGCCCAACACCGACUCUCCUUCGCGCAACCAACGCAACCUUUGCCGCCCUCCAGCUCCUUCUCGGCGUCCUCCUUCUCGCCACCUGGAGCAUCCACUUCGUCAUCCUCUCUUUCCUCAGUGCGGGCCUCUGGUACGCUAUUAACUGGUUCGUCGUCGAGCUGGCCGAACACGCAGAGAAAGAGGCCAAGAAGGCGCGCGGUACCGAUACAUCCGCCGGCGGAGCAGCAGGAGGCAGCGUGGCAGGGGCCAAUACUCAAGGAACGGACGAUAGCGACACCGAAGUUGAGGGCGGCGCCAUUGUUGGCGGCGUAAGGGGUGGCGCUCGCGGGAGGAAGGGCGUUGUGGGCGGUAGCAGCCAGGUCGAGACAGCUGCGGAGCAGCAGCAAGCGGCCGACUUGAAGCGUCGCACCGCUGUUUCCGCCGCCGCCGAGUCUGGAGCUGAAGAUGCCACUAACGGGGGUACGCAGUCGAGCGUGAGCACCGAGGAUGAGUGGGAAAAGGUUUCAGAGAACGAGAACGAGAAGGACAAGUGAAUGAGCGUCGAGGCGCGACGACGACG